AUGCAGUACGCAACACCCGCGGCAGACCUGCUCAAGGCGCAACAAGACGACGACCCCGACGAUGUCACCUUCACCAACAACUAUGGCGUGCGGAGCAUCGAGCUCAACCGGCCGAAGAAGCUCAAUUCCCUCGACGGGUCCAUGGUGCGCAAGAUCAUACCAAGACUGCAAGAGUGGGCAAAGUCGGAUAUGGCUGGUGUCGUAAUUAUCAAGGGCAACGGACGCGCCUUUUGUGCCGGUGGAGAUGUUGCGAAGCUGGCCAAGUGGAAUGCAGAGGGCGAAGCGGGCCAGCAGGCAAGCGCAGACUACUUUGGCCUCGAAUACAAGCUCGACCACCUGAUUGCAACCUACACGAAGCCGUACAUUGCAUUCAUGGACGGCAUCACAAUGGGCGGAGGCGUUGGGCUGUCGAUACACGCACCGUUGCGCAUCGCAACCGAGAACACCCUCUUCGCCAUGCCCGAGACCACGAUUGGCUUCUUUCCAGACGUCGGCGCAUUCCUUCUUCCUCCCACGCAUGGAAGGUCCGAGCAGCUGAAGGGCGUGGACGCUUUCUACCACGGCAUUGCGACACACUACAUCCACUCCUCCACUCUCCAGCAACUCGAGUCUCGACUGGCUGAGCUCCAGUUUCCCGACUACAUGCCUCUCGAGGACCGCUUCAAGAUCAUCAACGCGACCAUCGAGGAAUACAGCACCGGCCUGCCCGCAGACCGACCCCACAUCUCCGGCGAGCUGCGCAAGACCAUCGACAAAGUCUUCAACUCCGACCAGCCAAGCAUUCAAGCCAUCCUGACAUCUCUCGAAGAGAUCCGCGACGGGGCCCCCUCAUCUGACCUCAGCAAGUGGGCCAAGAAGACCAUCGAAACCAUCAACACCCGCUCCCCCAUCUCCGUUGCCGUCACCCUCCAGCAAAUGCACAUCGGCCGCCAAUGGUCCAUCGCCCAGACCUUCCAGAAAGAAUACGAAAUCGCUUCUCACUUCAUGGCGCACCCGGAUUUCGUCGAGGGCGUGACUGCCCGCCUCAUUGAGCGCAGGAAAGAGCGCCCGAAUUGGAAACCCAACACCCUCGCUGAUGUUAAGAGGCGCGAGGUCGACGCUUUCUUCGCGGCCCCCCGUGAUGGGUCAAAGUUGCCCCUGAUCAGCGAGGUGGACUACAAGGAGUACCCGCAUGCAUGGAUUGGGCUUCCGAGGGAGGAGGAGAUUCUGCGAGAGGCGGGAGGGAAGACGGCGGAGGAUGUGGUGCAGAUUUUGCUGGAGAGGUAUGAGGGCAAGCAGGGUGUGCGGGAGAAGAUUGCUGAGGUGUUGGCGAGGUAUAAAUGA